AUGAAAGAACUUCAACCCACCUCUCUGUAUCUGUUCAUCAAGCUUACAGAUAAGGUACGGGCGAUCUUCAUUACUGGGCCGCCAAUUGAUUGGACAGCCUUGGGGGUUUCAAACAUUCCUCCACUCGGCACGAUACUCGCAGACCCUGUGCUUAACUUCUUACUCCACUGUACUAUGAUGUGGCAGAUGGUGCGAGCUCUGACUGAUAUCAUUCUGACCUUUGCGAUGAUGAUCGCUCACAUGGCUUGGAUGAUCCCUACUACUGAAGCUAAGUUCAAAGACUUAGACCAGACAGGUGCCCUUAUAACCGCUGGUGUGUUGCCACUGGUAUACAGUAUUGGCGCUGUUCUUUGCGAGAGGUUUGAGGUUGGGGAGAAGAUGAAGGAUAAAUUGAAGAGAGGUAGUCGUGGACCUGAGUCGUCCGGGUAA